AACGCCGUACACUCCCACCAUGGACAAGAGAAGCAGAGAUGAGAAGAUGAGCGGAGCUGCAACUGCUCCGCCGCAAGGUAGACCUUCCGCCCGGCCUCUCCCUCCGCCGUCUCAGCCCAAAGCUCCGCCGCCGCCUCCUCGCCCUCGUUUCGAACCCGUCGACCGCGAAAAGACCUGCCCUUUGUUGCUUCGGGUUUUUACUAAGGUUGGAGGUCACCACUCUGAUGAGGAUUUUGCAAUUAGAGGCAAGGAACCCAAAGAUGAGGUUCAGAUUUACACAUGGAAAGAUGCAACACUCCGGGAACUGACCGAUCUAGUUAAGGAGGUUGCUCCGGAGGCAAGAAGAAGAAAUGCAAAACUUUCUUUUGCUUUUGUUUAUCCCGAUAAGCGCGGUCGGUUCGUCUUGAAACAGGUUGGAAUGACACAUUCUUAUGGAAAUGGGAGGAGAUUAGAUGAUAGCAAGGCAUUGGGUGAACUGGACUUCCAGAUUGGAGAUUAUUUGGACGUGGCAAUUCUGUAGAAACCUCAAUUGUUCGGAAGUAACAAUGCUGCGAUUUAAUCCGAGUAUGACAUUUUUAUGCUUGCUGCCUUAGAAGACUGGAUUUAGCGUCGAAUGUGCACUGAAUUCUUGAUUUUCUAUAUUCAAAUGUCUUGUGAAGGUAGAAGAACAGAUUGUAUUGAUAUGGUGAAUUUUUAUUCAGUCGUCUGGUUCUAGUUUGAGUCCCAUUAUUUAAUAACCUUCUCUUAUAUUUCCCCAUCUAUGUAUUUCUAGAUCUUUGUAUAAUAGAAACUUUAUUUUUGUCUUUA